GCAUAAUCCCAGAAUCUACAACGUCUCAAUCCGUAAUCGACUACACGUACAUGUACGUGUGCAGUCUGCCGAAGCGCGCCUAGCAGCCGGUAGCAUUCACACCGCCGCUUCCCCCCAUCCCACUCGCGCCUGCCGCCCACGUCAAGAAGUGCCCGCGCUGCUGAUCCUUUCUUCUGAAUGGGCACCGAUCCGGUCCUUGCAGCUGAAGGCCAUCGAGACUAAGCAACACCACAAACCUUAACAACGCACGCCCACCCGCAUGUCGCUCGAGUCCGUCUUGACAUCGUUAUCAUAAGUGUAUGCGCGCUCCGGCGCAAUGCCUCAACCGCCGAGGGACAACGCCCUCACCACCACGCAAGUUUUCGACGACGCCGCCUAUCUGCGCGAAGCACUUGGCCUGCCCGUCAACCAGAGUGAGGACGACGUCGAUGCGCAGCUCGCACUAUUGGCCCGCGAGUCUGGUAUCGAGGAUCCCUACCGGUUCCUGUGCCCGGUGCAAGAUAUCUCAAGAGCAGUGUCCACCACAACAGUAGGCAGCGCCCGCAGCAGCUCGCUCUCAAUCCACUCCCACCAGACGCAGUCCACUGGCUUGACGGACCCUUUCUGGACCUCGAGGGAUCAGCCUCCAGCGAAGCGCCUGCCCCCACCGCAAAUCACGCCAACGCUUGCCAGAGUCUCCAUUGCCGUCGACUCGCCCAUGGACUAUUUCCCGGCAGACUUCAAGCAGCGCCGCUCGACCACGUCGACCUUCUCAGCAGCGCACUCCAUGUCGUCAAGCGCCUCAUCGCUGCAGAAGACCAGCACACGCAGAAAACGUGCUUCAUUUCUCUCCAUGUUCAGGAGGAAUUCGAGCGCUUGCACUUCGCCCUCACACCACAAACACCACGGCAAACACCGAGGGCCGAAGCUCGAUUGCGGUCACUCCCUGUCCACCUCCGCCAUUCGCGCUCACAUCAAGGAGGCCUUGCUGGUCAAGGAAGGAGCCAUACCCAGCUGCUGCGGUAUCCCACUACCGCGAGCCACCCUCGACGCUGUCUUGACCAAAGUAGAGACGGACCGUGUUCUAGAAGGCGCCGUGCGAUCACCAGAAUUGAGUUCACUGCGGGAUUCUGGAUACAGCGAGAACGGCAUGUCGUCGAUUGAGUUGCCCCGGCCAGCCGAGAAGACGAGACUACUCGUAAUCUCCAAAUCAAUGCUAAAUACCCCACCUCGCCGAUGCUCCGUUCAGCUCCCGACCGGCAGCUCAUCUCUCGCAAACGAAGCCCUCAAAAGCCUCAAAGCCCAGCAGAAAGAGCAACUGGAAAAGGUAUCAGCCUUUGAAAGCAGACAGCGGAACGACCUCCACGCGCAACAGUGUUACUCCCUUGAACAGCUUGCAUCCCAACACGAAAACAACAAGGAUGCGCGGAAGGAGCAGCAUAUUCUCGAGCUCGAGGACCUCGAAGACGCACAGAUCACCGCAGAGGACACGAUGCGCAAAGCGCAACGUCUCGAGACACAGAAUGUGGCCACAGCACUGAAACACAUGGAGGCAUAUUGCCUCUCGUCCAAUCCGGAUCCAGACCUUGCGCACACGGUCACGCAGGACGACUUCAAGAAACUCGACCGUCAACGCCUGAUUCAGCAAGGUCUACCCCGAAAACAUGAGAGCGCAAUCAAUGUCCUGCGGUCGCGGCAAGAUCGCGCGAUGAAGCUGAAGAUGCAAAAGCAAGAGGCGGAACUAGAGGAGAUGGCCGCAGAGUGGGAGAAGGACAAGGCCGCGGAAGAAUGGCAGCACGCGCAGGAGUUGGAGCGCCUCAAUACGGUAAUAGAAGCGCGCCGGAAGAGGCUGCAACAAAGAUGGGAUCUCAAAUACGAAAUGUGGCGGAAAGACUGGGAAAGCCAACACAACGCCCAAUUCGACAACGCAGACUGGCUGCUGAACGCGCAAUCUGGAGGCCCAAUCUGCGGCAUUCCCGAAUCGAACGAGACGACAACGCCCAUCCACGCUGCGGCGUAGUCCGGACCGGUCCACGCAUCCUUCCGCGAAACCCCUCAAUUGCCGACUUGGAUACCGAUACCCUUGCCGACGAUCUCCAUCAUAGGCUUCGUAACCCCCGUCGACUUUGCGUAACGUUACGACUACUUUGUUACUCUUUCCUUCAAAUCACACCACUUUCUGGAGCGGCCUUUUACUCGUGCAUAGCGCGGCGCAAUACGCCAUUACUCAGCAUUCAUCUCGACGUCACUUUGGCAUUGCGCUCAACACUGCUUCUUAGAGCAUACCAUACAUUUUCCGACAAGGCUGCGUUGUUUCCUUCUUCAUAUCAUAUACCCUUGCGUUGUGGAACGCGUGUUCGAGUGCAUAUAGUGGUAGUAUGGGUGGCUAUCUGGGGUAGACGACCCGUGGCGUAAUGUUGGGUUGAUUUGGAACAUAGAUGAUGAGCAAUGAGCUGGUAACAUCUACCUUCAAUGAACGAGUUCAAAUAAGACUGCCUA